AAAAACCGCAGUCCCAGUUGCUCCGGGGCUGCCCGCACUGGGAGGAGGAGGAGGCAGCCAUGGAGAGCAGCAUGAAGCAGGUGGUGAUUGAAGAGAAGCCGGACCAGGAGAAGGGGUGCUGCAAAUGCUGUUGGCCCUGUGCCAUGUGCUGCUCCAAAUGUCACCUCCCCCGCUGCCUCAAGUGUCCCGGCUGCAAGGGCUGCGGGAGUUGCGGGAGUUGCGGGAGCUGCCUCAAGAGAGCUUUCUGCUUCCUGCCCCGCCUCCUCUGCUGGCUGCCCCGCAAGCUCCUGAGCUGCGGCCACCUCCGGUGUCUCCUGAUCACCCUGGUGGUCGUGGUCCUCCUGGUGGUGAUUGUCGCCGGCAUCCUGCUGAUGUGGCUGUGGGUUGGCCAGCAGCAGGCUGACACCGUGCUGCGGGUGGGGAUGCAGAGGGGGUUGGCUUGGGAAGAGGAUGUGGCCACUUUCUACCUGGAUGCUGGGGAUGGGGACCCGGCCACGGUCAUCUAUGACUACAAAAAUCUGCUGGUCACCUACAGAUCCCGACUCCACCACUCCUGCUACGUCACCCGCGUGGACAAGGACAACAUCCCAGGACUGGACACUGUCACCCAAACCUUCCAGCGCCGGCAGGCUGAGCAGAGGCUGAGCCUGCCCCUGGCUGACCCCUCCCUCCUGGGGACCACCGCCAGCAUCCUCUGCAGCAUCCUCCCCAUCUAUUGGGCUUAGCCUGGCAGGCAUCCCUGAUGGACACAGCGUUGCCUCAACCCCCUCGGGAGCAUCACCAACACCUCUGCACCCCCUCACCCUCCCCAAAUUUGAGGGGGGGGGUAUGAUGAUGAGUGGGGGGGUUUAGGGGGUCUUUUGGGGUGGGGGGUGUCCAGCUUUAUG